AUGAAACGCACUAAAAGUUUACCCGCAUUCGCCUUCCCGGGACGUGAAAUCCCACAUUUCCUACAGCCCCACAAAAUUCACUUCCCUUUAAGUUCCGACCAGCAACCCAAACUUCUCGCCCACCCGGACCUUAGGAUAUCUAUCUUCACGAAAAGUUUUCUUAGCAACUACGUAUUGGACAAACCACUCCCAUGGAUUGGAUCUCAGAUUAUUCGAAUACCCUCGGAUUCACUAAUCCCGGACACCUCCCAACCUGAGAAUCAAUAUGCCAUUCUACCAGUAGCCGUCUCUUCUACACCAUAUCUUUUACCAGUACUAGUAGUCGAAGAUAUAACCCGGGCACUGACGAAAGCCCAAAUAAUGGAUAUUAUUAGAUACUUCCACGUCGAUUUAAAUGAUGUGGAUGGAGUCUUGUCUACUGGCACGGUGAAUAGUCUACAGUCGUCUUUGGUUUCCCUUGGACUUGUGAACAAGCUACCAAAUUUUAAUUGGAUCGAAAAUCUUGAAGGAACUAGAGAGAUUGGUAUUGUUAUUGAAGUCUACACAGGGAAGAUGGACAAAAAAGCUGUGGGAGCAAUAUAUUGUGGACCUGGGUCAAUAUACAAUGAAGCAUGGAAAGAGGGAGGGACUGGAAAAAGGGAGCUGGCCACAACGGCGGUAAAUGGUGUCAAGAGAGCUAUCGCAGUCAUCGAAAGGGCGAAGACAAAACACGGAUAUCCCGUCGCAUUCGCUUCCAUCAGUGUGAACUAUGUCGAAGUCCUUGAGAAACUUGAGGGUUGGGACGAUGAAGCCGUAACCUCACGAUGUAAGAAACGAGGAGUGUGGAAAGAAAUUUUGGAAAUGUUACAGAAAGCCAAAGAUUACGGAGUUCGAAUUGAUUUUUGUAAAUCGAGGAAGUGUAGGAACGACAUGAUUGAAGGAAUGGCAGAAAGGCGACUACGGUCAAAAGGAGCGCCCAGAGCAGAGGAUCAAAAUACGGCAGUGGUCGGAUCAGAUUCAAUCGACUGUGCUCUGUACCCCCAUUCUUUGGAAAAUAAGCCUUUUGCUGCUUCGUCCGAAAUGGUAAUUACAAGAGAGGCGGUUUUGGGCGCAUUGCCAUCAAAAUUUCUGGAUGAUAUGGCGGACACGAAGCAGCCAGAGCCAAGACGAACCCAUAGACAAAGGAAGCGGGUCCGUAAAGAAGAUGAAGAUCUUGAAGAAUUUCCGACUGCCCUAGCUCUAGAGCCAUUAACAAACCGACAAGCUAUAUUACCAGGAUCCCGCCCACUCGUUGGUUCCCCAGCUGAAUCCUCGGAACGGUUUUCAAAUACGGACGAGAACAGAAGAGGACGGGAUAUUGAUUCUGAUUAUCAUCGGACGCUGGAUCACCGAUUUCGGGAUGCGAAGCUCAAAGGAGGAUGGUGUAGUGGCGUUGAGCGGACUUUUACUAAUUGCGCCGAGAAUGCGGAAUUGUCUAAGCUACCCAACGGAGAUAUCACAUCUGAAAUUAAUACCAACGCCCUUCCCAACCACGAGAAGAUUUCAAAUAUGAUUUAUCAAGAUGUAGCGGCGGACCUUGUUGACGCUAGAGAAUGGAAAUGGGCCCUCGGUUCGCAUUUGGCGACCGGGAAACCUUUGAGAUAUCCAUGGGCAACUAUAAUCGAUCGCGACAGCAUCGAGGGAGUUAGAAAUGCGAUCGAGCCAGCAGAGCAUGAUAUCGAGAAUACUCAAGACCCAUGGUCUCAGUUUCGAAGAAACAUCCAGGCAUUCCGUGAAGAAUUUGGAUAUGAUAUGGAUGAAAAACAUGAUGAAGAUUUCAUGGAUACAUUUGGAGACGAAUCGGACGAAGAUGAGAAGACAGGACUUCGAGUUCCUGCGCUGUAUCGAUCUGGGGGGCCCUCGCCGGAGAGCAGAAGCGGUAUCGUAACACCGCCGUCGUAUCUUGAAAGGGAUCAAGAAGAGCCAGCGGUUUUUAUAGAAGAUCAGACGGAAUUGAAGAUGCCGGAGCUAGAUAUGGACAAUUCAACUGCUUGCACAAUUCAGCCUCCCGUUCAAGUCGAACCGCGAGGUAGGGUAGCCUUUCCGCGCCGAGCUCCAGCUCAUAGUACAUCAGAAUAUAAGGGAAUGCAAGGCGAAAAAUGGUCUUUGGGAGAGCUACAUGCCAUUGAUGAGAUAAUGGGGGAAAUUUACAACGCUCAAGCUGAGAACAAACACAAUAACGAUUCAGAAAAUGGCGAUGCUAGUGAUGAGGGUGUGGAUAAAAUAUUCUUACCCGAAGAUACUUAUCCAAGAACAAGGAGUAGGUCGCGAUCUUUAUCAAGAUUAGGGAGAAGAAUUGGGGCGGUGAAACUUGGAGUUGAAGCCAUUCUAGAGGAAGAUACGGUACAACUACAAUCUAAAGGAGUCUCAGGAAGCCCUGGUAAACCGAGGGGUCUAGGUGGAUCCUAUGCAAAAGCUUCGAGAAGCCCAGUUAAGCAUAUUACCAGGACGCCGAAAAGCCCAGUUAAAGGGAGAGGCUUGAGGAGUCCGAUCAAGGGACUUGCACAUAAGUCUGGGAUUGGGAAACCUGUUGACAGGAAUAUGGCUUUUAAAGGGCUUGCAAGGACGAUUACCGAUAAGUAUGAAUUUCUGAAGGAAUAA